CGCUGCGCGUGUCGACAAAACACUGUCGCGGACGAAAUGAAAGCACAGCUCAAUAGUCACGAGACAACCAACGGCGUCGCUUAUUCUGCUUCUGACGGCCGCUGUUUGUUUAUCUGUGUACUAUUUCAGACGCUGGAGGCAAAACAAGUUCACAAUAUCACCAAAUAACCAGUACGUGUUGUGGGGAGUGGCUGCCCUGCAACCGGGAGAGUCUCGUUGCUAUCUACGUACUUGUAUUAGAUAAACGGGGGAAUGCCGUGUUUACGUCAGUGAGUUGAAGUGACUAUAUAACUGUGUCCUACAUUGUGGUCUACGAACUAUUAGUGUUCUUCUGCAACUGAGAGUAACGGCAUACAGUUUCGCUCCGCGGAAGUGCUGUUAAGUAUUCUGGAAGAUCUUGAGAGUGUCGUUGUAGCGUCUAAUACAGGAGAUAGAAAAUCGUCGCAAUAUUGCUGAAAAACUCUUGCCAAUUACGAGAGAAGAAUGGGCAUUUCUGGACUCUUCGGCUUCGCCGUAAAAGGUAAAUUCUAUAAGGUCGUGGAUCUGCAAAAAAUCGCUGAAGAAUUUAAGAAGAAAAGCGGAGAAGAUCCUGUGAUCGCCGUCGAUGGAUCUGCAUGCAUGUGGCAUAUAUACGAGCCGCUAGAUUUUCUUCGUGGAGGCCAGUACAAGAAAUUUCGAGACUAUUGCGCGAAUUUUGUGCAACGGUUCCGUGACAACGGCAUUCAUCUCGUGUUUUUCUUUCACGGCGUCCCAGUAGAAGAUGAGAUACACACAUGGACGGACAAAAAGAAAGAUAAGACGAUGUUUGUCAGCAACCUGUUCAGCAGUCUGCGUUUAGGAGUUGUGCGAACUGACAGCACCGUGAGAACGUUACCGGAAGCAGUCAUCCCGGCCGCCAGGGUCAUAUUCGAGGAUCUCGGAUGCAGAGUCUAUCUGUCCAAGGGCAACUGUAAGCAUGACAUUGCCAAAUAUGUAUCGGGCACUAAACACUGCAUCGGAGUGCUCACAAACGACUCGGACUUCUUUGCAAUGAAGGGUGUAUCGAGUGUGCUAACCUUCAAGAAUCUCGAGAAAGAUGGUAAGCUGAAGACGUACCAGUUUCGACCAGUUGACAUCGCAACUCACCUAGGCAUAGAGCAAGAGCACAUGCCAACAUUCGCAACUUUCGUCGGUAAUGACUUUGUCAGGGCGGACCUCCUAUUCAUGGCACACGGCAAUCUGAAGAAGCGCUACCCUGAAAAGACUACCAAUAUCGAGCAAGUGGCAGAAAUGAUGAAAGACAAGGACCCAUGCGAUGUCGUGAACAUGUGUAAAAUUGUCUUCCACGGCAAAUGGAGGGACGCCCUGCCCAUGGUGGAGGCGGGCAUUCGCAGCUACAGUUACGAACCGACCAGCUGGGAAAAGCUGGUCGCGCAUGUUGAAGACAAGCACAGCUCGGGCAAAAUUCCGGGGACGCUGCUGUCCGUGAUGAAGCGCCAGGUGUUCCGGAUCGGUGAAGUGCUGGAGGACUUGUCAGAGACCAAACAGGACUUCCCACCUACGGGCCUCGUCCUGCGACCAAUGCGGGCCAGGAUGUACACAGUUCUACUGUGGGAGAGCGACUGUGGCCUGUGCCGCGUGACCGAGUAUCUUCUCACCGAAACGGGGAAGGUGAGGAAGGAGGAGGUGGAGCUGGAGAAGCGGCUACCCGACGACUUAGAGCACCCGGGGCUGCAGCAGCUGUGGACCAGUGAUGACGCUCAGCGCCGCUGGUGCUUCUUCACCUGGCUGGUGGCCCCCUACGCAAAGCAGUCUCUUCUGGAGGAGCUCGACCCACAGUUCCUGGUGGUGCCUGCGGCGGCACUGCUGUUCCUUAAGCACGAGGCACGCGUCCUGCACGACCACGAGGUCACUGCCUUCUGUGCCACUGCUGCUGCUGUUGCUGGCCUCCCUGCGACUGGCCAGCCUGCAAACAUUGUGAAAACUCCUGAUGAACGGGCCGUCUACCUGGCAUCACUGUUCAUGCGUUGUGUACUGCAUGUGCUUGAUGCUGCUGCCACCUGUGGGAUUGCCUUUCCCAGAGAAAUUGACUGUUUGCCAGAUGCCUACUUUGAUGGGAUUGUGUUUCACAAUAUCUGUGUCACCAUACGAAAUGGAAAAGAUCCAAGAACUCUUGAUAUUUUUAAACCUCAGCAUGAAGUGACAUUUGAACAGCUCAUGCGGGUAAUAAAAUGGAAUCAAUCCAAAAACCCUUGAUUUAGAAACUGACAACCCACAUGUUAAAUAAUAAAAAUAAUAUAUUACUUACAUAUAAAAUAUAUUUAGUAAUUAAGCUUUGUCAAAAUCUAAUAUGAAACAUUUAUAACACUCCUCUCAUCUCCUAUCCAUUAUUCCUAAUUUUAAAGCUUCAUCUCUAUUCUAAAAGUGUGACAGUUUCCAGUUUUCCAAACUACUCAUUUCUUGUAAGUUUUCUGUCUUGUAUAUCAAUUACUCAAUAAAUGCUGUAUGCUGUACCCAGAUGUGCAAUGGAUGUGCAACAUCUGUUAUAAAGUUUAUUAAGUUUGCCUUUUGGUCAAAUCAAUGGCAGUUUAUUUAGUUGUUUUGAUGGUAACAGUUGUUUCUUUCAACAUUCUGCAUGUGAAACUGGUGGCAGUUUUCUCAUUUUUCCCCUCUCUCACACAUCAGUUAAUGAAAAUUAGAAAUUUAAUCAAACAAAUGUUUAUAUUUCAUAGAUGCAUGCUGUUAAUUUAUUUGAUAUAGAGUUUUAACCACUCUCUUUUUUUCUCUAUAACUUCAGAUUUGAGCUGUUACAGUCAGCAAAAAGAUAUUUAUAAAAUACAGAGGUAAUAACAUACAGAGAUAUUGUUGAGUGAAAUGAAA